AAGUAAUUAACGAGUGGUUUUUCUCUUAUCAUAACAAUAUAUAAGAAUUGGAUGGAGACAAAGGAAGAAUAAGUUCAUUCUUUGCAGCAGUAGAAAAAAUAUCACACAAUGAAAAAACUAGUAUUAGCUAGCGUUCUUUUCGCUAUUUUAGCUUAUCUACCUGUUAAAAUGGUAUUUUCGAAGAAGAUAAAAUAGCAAAAUGGGCAAAAAGAUUACAUUAGAUUAGGAGGAGCACUUAUUAAGAGAAACCUUCGAGUAAAAUCUGUUGGAAGAAGCUUAGAAUAGAAUCAGCUAAAAUCUCUUAGUACGUAUGAAUAAUCAAUAUACAAACGAAAACGGGUGGAAAGUAGAAAAGUAGAAGGUCUGGACAAAACUCUUGGAUGCUACAGGGGCGAAAAUUCUGAAAAAGCUUACUCUGUGAACCAACAAGGAUGGAUCAAAUUAGUUUAUAAAUGAAAUUAUCUGAAUACUUCAAUUUGUAUAUCCAUAGCUCGGUUCAUAUGGUAUAACAGAUUUUACUCCUUUUCGACAUAGAAUAUCCGUACUCCUUUUACCUAAAAAUCUUUCGAAGUAUAGUAUCAGAUCGCAUAUGUGAAUGCGGACAGAAGCAGUAGUUUCGAAGAAGAUUUCAAAGAGAUUAUGAAUUUAUUAGAGGAAAAGAUCAAUAUAACCGUACUAUCGAAUUUUAUAGUAUUAGGUAACAAAAUUAGAUCAAAGUCUCUCGAUAUUGGCGAAAAAAUGAAUACCGUAGAAGACCAAAUCGAAGAAUGUAUUGAAGAAAUUGAUUUUAGAGAUGAAACUAUAUGCUCGCUUCUAAGGAAAAACUUGAAAAAGUGCUCUAAACCUGCUAUUGACUUAAUUUCUUAUUUCCUGCAAGAAAAUUCUAAAGAUUUUUCCUCUAUGGUAGAGAAAAUAAUAGUAGUUAUGGUUGAACAAACAUGCCAAUCUACUGUUGAAGAAAUUCUUGAAUUGUUUAAUCCAUGUUUUAUGAGAAGGAAUUUCAUAGAUUUCCAGCCUUGCGUUGAAAUUAAAACUUCUUUGGAUGAAUUUAGACAUCAAGUUUCAUACAAAUCGUUUUUCUGUUCGAUUAUUCCAAAAAUGAGAAACUGUAUGAAAGAACAUUUACAAGCGUCUUGUCAAAAUUCAAUUACUAGACGAAGUAGUUUGAAAUUCCAGGAUGCUGUUUGGAAUUCAGUGAAAGACGACUGUAAAGCUUGAAAUUUUUAUUUCAAAAUUAAUUGUAAAUUUAUCAAUUAUAUGUAAUAUAACUAAUAGUGACCUA